AUGAAAAAGCCUGCGUGGAUUCUAUCUCUUAUUUUACUGAGCUGUCAUCUCAGUCUGGGGGCUGAUAAUGACAAUAACAAUAAUCAAGACGCUCCUGUGACAAACAUCAAUGCACAUGUCGUUGAUGCUGGCACUCAAGAAACAACUCAAUUUGGUGUAAAGAUUAACAAUACAGAUAGUUUACAAAUGGGUGAUCGAGGACCUACUCUCCUUGAAGACUUUAUGCUUCGUGAAAAGAUUAUGCACUUUGAUCAUGAAAGAAUCCCUGAACGUGCUGUUCAUGCACGCGGAGUGGCUGUUCAUGGUUACUUUCAAUCCUACAGAGACUGGUCCAACUUGACUGCUGCUCGAUUGCUUCGUGACACUUCAAUCAAGACACCCGUCUUCGUUCGUUUCUCUACUGUCCUGGGCUCUCGCGGAUCUGCCGACUGUGUGCGCGACGUUCGAGGUUUUUCUACAAGAUUUUAUACGCAAGAGGGAAACUGGGAUUUAGUUGCCAACGCCAUCGCGCCAUUCUUCAUUCAAGAUGCUAUCAAAUUCCCCGAUUUGAUUCAUGCUGGUAAACCCGAACAAAACACCGAGGUUCCUCAAGCUGCUACUGCUCAUAACACGGCCUAUGACUUCUUUGGUCAACAUACUGAGACUAUACAUACCGUCAUGUGGGCUCUGUCUGGGAGAGGUACUCCUAGAAGUUUCCGUCAGGUUGAAGGUUUUGGCGUUCACACUUUCCGGUUCAUUAACGAACACGGCAAAACGGUGCUUGUGAAAUUUCAUUGGAAGCCUUUGCAGGGGCUUUCAAAUCUAGAAUGGGAUGAAGCCCAAAAGAUUAACGGUAAGGAUACCGAUUUCCAUCGUAAUGAUCUCUACACUGCUAUUCAACGUGGAGAUUAUCCCGAAUAUGAAUUGGGUGUUCAGAUUGUGAAUGAAGAAGAUCAAGAUAAAUUUGACUUUGAUUUAUUGGAUGCUACCAAGAUUAUUCCUGAGUCCCUGGUUCCUGUGACAAUACUUGGCAAAAUGACGCUUAAUCGAAUCCCUGACAACUUUUUUUCAGAAACUGAGCAAGUUACUUAUCACCCUGGUCAUGUUGUUCGUGGUGUUACAUUCACUGAUGAUCCUCUCUUACAAGGCCGUUUGUUCAGUUAUUUGGAUACUCAAAUCAACAGAAUGGGUAGUGCCAAUUAUUUACAACUUCCUAUUAAUCGUCCUUUGGUACCCGUCCAUAACAACCAGCGUGAUGGCUUUAUGCAAUUCAACGUGUAUCAUGGGCCUGUGGCUUACUAUCCUAAUGCAUUACAAAACAAUACCCCCGAGGUCGUCAGUCCAAGAGAAGGUGGCUAUUUGGAGUACCCCGAAAAGAUCUCUGGCAGAAAACAGAGAGGCAAGCAUGGCAAGUUCUCUGACCAUUUCUCUCAAGCCCAAUUGUUCUACAACAGCUUAACAACUCACGAACAGCAACAAUUGGUCAACAACUUCCGUUUUGAACUUGGUAAAUGUACUAGUAUGCUCGUUCGUGAAAACUUCAUCAAGGUUUUGAACCGCGUCGAUAAUAACUUGGCUCGUCGUGUAGCUAGAGGUAUUGGUGUCCAUGAACCCGAACCUGUGGCUGAAAAUCAUAAUCAGACAACCAUCAACUUGUCUAUUGACAAUUACAAGCGUCCCAAUAACAUUAAAGCCAAGAAGGUCGCUAUAUUGACUGGCCCUGGUAUCAGCACUUCCGAAGUCGAGCAAAUGCGUGAUUAUCUCACAAAGGAGCAUGCUUAUGUAGAUGUGGUCGGCAUAAAGUUGGGUGAAAGUGAUGAUGGAUUGAACAUAACUGAAACCUACCUUACAACCUCAUCUGUUCUCUAUGAUGCCAUCUAUAUUCCCUCUGGCUUCAACAACACAUUUGACUUUUUGACUAAACCUCAUCCUGAAUUCCCCUAUGAUGAACCUUCUGUCUUUGUCUUGGAUGCCUUCCGACAUGGUAAACCUAUCGCAGUCUCUGGUAAUGGUAUCGAGCUUCUCAAAAAGGCUCAUGUUCGUCAUUUUGGCAGUAAUGAACAAGCUGCACAAUAUGGUGUUUACAUCUCAACAGAUAUGUCUCGAUUAGAAUCUCAAUUCAAAAAGGGUAUAAUUAUCCAACGUUUCUGGAAUCGUAUGCCUCUUGAUCCUGAUGCUAAGGAAUCCCCUACACGCUUUAAUGUCACAAUUUCAAAAUAA